AUGAGGGAGGUGCAAGUGCGGCGCGUGACUGGUGGAGCCUUCCAGAGCGUGCAACCCUGGCGCAGCAAUCGCUACGGGCAGCGCGCUGACAGCUCAGCGUCCUUGUGGUGGGGGCCCAAGACGACGGCGCUGGAGCACCUCGCAGGAGGGAGCAAGCAGUUGGCCCAGGAGAUCGAGGAUCUCCAGCGCAAGCACGCGCCGCCGACGUGGCCGCGCCAGCCAGAUGCGUGGCAGGCUCUCACGAGAGCGAAGGGACAUCAUCAGAAGGCGCAGAAGUGGCUGCUGGAGUGCGAGGACGCGCUGGAGCGCUUGGUCAUCCUCCACGACGAGGCGCUCCUCCGUCGCGACCAGGCUUUGAAGGACGCCCACGACGCGGACCAGGAGGCGGACGAGAAGCUUGCGGUGCAGACGCCGCUCGACUUCCUCGUCGACGACAGGCUCCUGGACGCCAAGCUGGACGACUGUGAGGACGGCCCCGAAAAGGAGGGGGUGCUGGCUCUCCGCGCGACGGUGGCCGAGAUCCAGCAGGCGGGCAGGUCGCCCACGCAGCGGGUCGAGGCGGCGGAGGCCGGAGCUCGCCGGGCGGCGGGCGGAGACCGUGCCAGAGGCC